AUGUCCCCAUGGCGAUUGUCCUCUUUGCUCCUCGCCCAACGGUUCAUAAAUCUUUCAGUCACGUCGAGGAGUAUUAAAGUGUCUGGUGCUGCCAAGAACUGCUACUUCCUCUCCUACACACCUGAUGUACAUGCUCACCUUCCCUUCUUUCCCGUUACCCUCUCGAUGGACUCCCAGACCGGUGAUCGAAUAUCUUUUAACCUGUCGGAGAACCGAAAUGCAUUGCCUCAAUCAUUCCUGCAGACCGUGUGCUCUAAAUUGUAUGUUGAGCUCUUGAAGACAACAACGCCAGAACAAGGCCAACAUGGCGAAGAAGGCAUCGCCGAAAAGAAGCAGGCUGCCAACCAUGCAGUGUUUAAGAUCAUCUUCGCGGAUAAAUGUGGGACCUAUGAGGGUAUGCGACUAGAGGUAUAUGUCAACUUUAAGUACCAGAGCGAGGGAGAGUCUAUAGAUGGCCGACAAGUUAUCUUUCAAUGUGGCGACUUUAUAGCCAGCCCUUCCCUCAGUUCUAAUCCCUCUAGCAAAUCACUUUGGACUUGCAGUCUACCUAUUCACCCCUGGAAAGUUGGCGAUGUUCUUAGGCUGCUAUUCUACCAUGCAGCGUCCGAGUUCCAGUUUGUCUGCAUUGAUAAUAAGUAUUUUGGGUGUCGCGAUUGGAUUACUCAGGUCAUUUGUUUAAUGCGCAGGGGUGGCUUUAUCCAAUCUACCGACAUUAGCGAGGUUCUCGCUGGCCCGAACUUGUCAGUCGGAAGCAUCUAUGAAGCCCUUGGUUUUCGAUUGGACUAUCGGGGGCGCAUCUCGGCUUCUCCCAUUGAUAAAGGCCGAUUUAAGUACCGAGACCACUAUCAGUCACCUUUAAUGCCAUAUCAUGGGUCUCAGAAAGCACUUGAACUAGCCGAGUUAUGGGCUCCGUCAUCCUUGCACGUGUCACACGGUCAAAACCUGGACAAAGACAUCGGGCAAUAA